UAUCAGUGACGCAGAAGUCCAAGAUGUAGCACAGAACGUAGCUAGCAAGCUAGUAGGUACAGUAGGACGUUUGAAAGCACAUAAACAUCGUGAUUACAACCAUUUUACUACAUGCUUAAGGAGUGUUCAUGUAUCUCUGGACAGCCAGAUUCUCUCUGCCAGAUGUGUCAGCGCUACAUCAAGAGCUGAAUGGAAGCAUCUGAGCCAUCUUGUGAGUGAGGAGGUUGUAGGUCCCAGGAAUGUACCAUGGGGUACGACGUUACCAGGUUCCAAGGGGAAGUGGAUGAAGACCUGCUGUGCCCAAUAUGUAGUGGAGUGCUAGAAGAACCAGUGCAGGCGCCACACUGCGAGCAUGCUUUCUGCAAUGCCUGUAUAACACAGUGGUUUGCCCAGCAGCAGAUUUGUCCUGUUGACCGUACAGUAGUAACACUAGCUCACCUCCGGCCGGUGCCCCGCAUAAUGCGCAACAUGCUGUCCAAACUCCAGAUCAGCUGUGACAAUGCGAGCUUUGGCUGCACAGCCACGCUGCGGCUGGACCAGCUGCAGUCGCACCUCAAAGACUGUGAGCACAACCCCAAAAGGCCUGUCAACUGUGAGGAGGGAUGUGGGCUUGAGAUGCCCAAAGAUGAGCUCCCCAACCACAACUGCAUCAAACACUUGCGGAGCGUCGUCCAGCAGCAACAGACAAAGAUUUCAGAGCUGGAGAAAACUGUGGCAGAGCAUAAACACCAGUUGGGAGAGCAAAAACGGGACAUUCAGCUGUUAAAAGCCUACAUGAGAGCAAUCCGCAGCGCUAAUCCUAACCUGCAAAACCUCGAGGAGAGCAUUGAGUACAAUGAGAUCUUGGAGUGGGUGAACUCCAUGCAGCCUGCCAGAGUGACACGUUGGGGUGGCAUGAUCUCCACCCCUGACGCUGUGCUCCAGGCAGUCAUCAAACGCUCGCUCAUCGACAGCGGCUGUCCUCUCUCAAUUGUGAACGACCUGAUCGAGAACGCCCACGAGCGGAACUGGCCACAGGGACUGGCCACUCUUGAGACACGGCAGAUGAACAGGCGCUAUUAUGAGAACUAUGUUGCCAAGCGAAUCCCUGGCAAGCAGGCGGUGGUGGUGAUGGCCUGUGAGAAUCAGCAUAUGGGGGAGGAUAUGAUCCUGGAGCCCGGCCUGGUCAUGAUCUUCGCUCACGGCGUGGAGGAGAUCCUAUAACCGUACAGCUAGCAGAGCUGGCUCCGAGGCAAGUGGGGACGUUUUGCUUGGGGGUUUGCUGUGAUGAGUAGGUUUUCCCUCAGUGGAGUGAAACCUGAAUAAAUCUGGCUUAAAAAUCUUAGAGGUUUACUCCUAAGCUUGAAACUUAUGCCUUAAAGUAAGGACAAAUACAUAAUGAACCUGGCAAACAGAAACCUAAUCUGACUGAUAUCUAAGGUGAGAUGUGAUGUUUACAAGGUUUAUAUUUACUGCAUUAUAUGAUCUGAUUCUUUUUCUCCCAUGUAGUGGUGAGCUUGAACCCCCAUUUAGAGUCCCCAGUUGUAUAAAUGCUUGUAAAUACAAAUACUAUAUUGAAUUAUAAAUGUCAUACUUGUAUUCUUCUCACUGUAAUUAGAUUGUGAUUUUGUUUAUCCCAUUUCUGUUCAGUCAGCCUGUGUUACUGUCUGCAGGAAUGUCACGCUUGCUUUAGUAUUUAGGUUCCUGUGAAUAUUUUCCACAACAUUGUGCUUCUCAGUUUAGAUUGCCCAAAUCUUUUGUGCCAUGUUUAUUUAUUGUGUUGCCUUUUACGCAAACAUGCUUGAAGACGUUACAGUUUGAUGUAUGGAAAUCUGCCUUUUUUUCCGGUGCAUUUGAAGUUCACUGCGAGACGAAAAAAUGAUUUUGUGUUUUCUUUGUUGCCCCAGUUGUGUAUAUGAAUAUAAUCUGUAUGUUGGGUCCAGUUGAAGUGUUAAAUCUGAAUUUUAACAUUCAAGAUUUACAUAUGUACUGUAUAAUGAAUUAUCUGACAAAUCACAAUGGCUCACUUGUUAGGUGAUCCCACUGUCAUCUGAUGAUUGAAAUAUAGACAUAGAGCUUCUCACUGUUCACAGUUAGCCGACUGAAUUCACUGAAGCGUCACUGAAAACCACAGCCUGGGGGGGUGUACAAAGGUUGAAAGAUUGUAGAAGGAUGGCUUUUGAGAGCCACACUGUUUCACAGUUGGUCACUUGUUGUAGUAAGUUAAACAAGACUGAAGUUUCUGGUAUACACGGCCACACAAAUGCAGUAAAUAUAAGGUUUGAUUGUGCCCUUUAUUAUUUUCCUGGUUAAUGUUUUAAUUUGUUUUGUGUUGUUAUGUACUGUGUUGUACAGACAAAGUAAUAAAAUCUCCAGCUUCA